AAACCGCAAAACUGGCUAAGAUGUUUCAGUUCCUGUAACUUUCCACGAGGUCCAUGAGGUUUUCUGUAAGGUAGUUAAACUACAUGCGAGUGAAUUUUUCUAUUUAGUUAAACUGUUUGAAAUAAAAACAAAUGCUUUUGUUCAAAAUCAUUAAUAGACGAAGGCAUCUGUUGCAUGGGCUUCUACAGAAAUGUAAAGGAAAUUUGAACAGCCAGUUUAUAUCUUUUCAUUAGGUGCUAUGUGCUGUAAUAAUAUUGCUUAUGGAUUUUUAUUUUCAUAAUUUGAGGGGCAAAUAAACAGUCCUGAAUAAUCAUAUUCUGGAUGGGGUUUCUUUAUUUUCUGCAGAUGCAAUGCUGCAUUGACACUGAGGGGGUUUCUCCUACAAAAAUCUGAUUUUAUCUGUUGCAUUGUUGUAACAGAAGGUCCCUGAGGACUGUGUGUGUGAUGUGGAGGUUGUAAGAGAGAAAGAUAUUCUCUUCAAGCUACAAUUUACCUGCCGGCAGUGUUUCCGAUCAUCAGAGUCGGCUGAGCGAGAGCUCUGUGAAUUUGUGCCCUGGGGAGACACAGCUGUGUGUUACAGCACCAGACUGGAAUCUCUCUCUGGCUCCUGUUCAUUCCUGGGUUUGUUUCCUUGUAUUUGUGUGGAAACAUAGUAAACCCCCUCCCCACCACUAGAUCCAGAGCAAUCAGGAGCCCCUCCGAAGCCGCACGACAGCGUUUAAUGACCUCAACAAAACUCAUCUGGGAACGAAUUUCUGUUUGAAAAGGAAAAAUGCAUUUGGAUUGUGCUGAUUUUCCACACAGGGAUUGAGAUGGGGAAGCGAUGGGUGGGGUUAUGCUCUGAAACUAUGUGUCAUGGACCAAACUGGUUCUGGUUUUGUUCAGGGUGUAAAAGUUAGAUUCAUGACUCCAUUGUGAAAAUUUUACUCAACUCAUAUUUUCCUUUCUGGGAAGAGGGCUGUUUAACAAGUCCCCUCAUUUAAAGCACUUUCGAAUGGUGCGUAGUACAAAAUAUAGCUGAACAAUUUUUUCUGCUUGCAGGGUCCAGUAAAGCUCAAGUAUGACAGAACUGUUCCCCUGGCACCUGCUGUUAAAAGCUGUUUCUAAGGAAACUCAGAGUGAUAGACGUGUUGAGUUUGGAGGAUGUGAAGCAGACUGUGGCCGCAGUGGAGAAGGUCUCUUUAGCACUAAAGACUCUCAGUGAUGUGUAUGUGAUGUCUACGUUUCGUCUUCCUCCUAAACUGGGUGGAGUUCUGCUGGGUCUCUACAACAAGCAGGAUAGCAAGAAAUACCUGGAGGUUGCCAUCAUGAGCAAAAUUAACAAAGUUCUGGUCCGUUAUGUUCGUGAAGAUGGGAAGCUGCACACAGUAAACCUGCAGACACCUAAUGUGGCCGACGGACGGCCUCAGUCUGUUAUCCUACGAGUCGGUGGCCUGCGCAGAGACUACCUGAACCUGGAGCUGUUUGUGAACUGCCGUCUGGCUGACUCCGCACAGCGGCUGCCCCCAUUGGUCGCUUUACCCAGAGACAGCGAGCUGGUGGAGAUUCGCAAUGGCCACAAGGCAUACGCUCGUAUGCAGGGAUCAGUGGAGUCCCUUAAAGUGGCACUAGGUGGCACUGUUGCCCAGGCUGGAGCUCUCACCGACUGUCCGUUUCAGGGAGACGCCUCUUCAUACAACAUAGUGAAUGGUGAGGUUAAUUCUAUUUUAGGUGACCACACUAAAGCUCUCAUUGGCCAGCUGAUCAUCUUUAAUCAGAUUUUGGGAGAGCUGAGAGAGGACAUCAGAGAACAGGUGAAAGAAAUGUCUCUUGUCAGGAACGCUAUUCUGGAGUGCCAGAUGUGCGGAUUUCAUGAACCACGUUCACGCUGUCAGCCCAAUCCUUGCUUUAAGGGCGUGGCCUGCAUGGAGACGUUUGAUUUCCCAGGGUACAGUUGUGGUCCCUGUCCGGAGGGAAUGACAGGGAACGGCACACACUGUAAGGAUAUAGAUGAGUGUGCAGCGGCUCAGCCGUGUUAUACACCAAGUGCAUGUGUCAACACUGCAAAAGGUUUUACAUGUGAGUCCUGCCCACCUGGGCUAUGGGGUCCACCCCUCUCUGGAGUCGGUGUGGAAUAUGCUAAGAGUUACCGCCAGGAAUGCUCUGACAUCGAUGAAUGUCUUGAUUUGGUCAACGCCUGCACACCCAACUCCAUCUGCAUCAACACCAUUGGAUCAUAUCGAUGUGGUCAGUGUAAAAUUGGAUAUGUUGGGAAUCAGACAGCUGGAUGUUUCCCUCGGAAAUCGUGUGCUUCGCUCAGUUUCAACCCCUGUGACACUAACGCUCACUGCAUCAUUCAGCGAAACGGGGACGUCACCUGUGCUUGUAAUGUUGGAUGGGCUGGUAAUGGUCACACUUGUGGGAUGGACACAGAUAUUGAUGGUUAUCCGGAUCGCUCCUUGCCCUGCAUGGACAACAACAAGCACUGCAAACAGGACAACUGCGUGUUCACACCCAACUCUGGUCAGGAAGAUGCAGAUAACGAUGGGAUCGGAGACCAGUGUGAUGAGGAUGCCGAUGGAGACGGAAUAAAGAACGUAGAGGACAACUGUCGGUUGGUGUCCAAUAAAGAUCAGCAGAACUCUGACACCGAUUCAUUCGGUGACGCGUGUGAUAACUGUCCCACCGUUCCCAACAUUGACCAGAAAGAUACCGACAAUAAUGGAGAGGGAGACUCUUGCGAUGAAGACAUCGAUGGAGAUGGAAUCCAGAAUGUGCUGGAUAACUGUCCCAAAGUGCCGAACCCAAUGCAAACGGACCGGGACAGAGACGGAGUGGGUGAUGCAUGUGACAGCUGUCCUGAGAUCAGCAACCCCAUGCAGACAGAUGUAGACAAUGACUUGGUCGGGGAUGUUUGUGACACCAACCAAGACACUGAUGGAGACGGACACCAGGACACUCGAGAUAACUGCCCCGACAUUCCAAACAGCUCUCAACUUGACUCGGAUAACGACGGCAUUGGAGAUGACUGUGACGAAGACGACGAUAACGAUGGGAUCCCGGACAAUCACGCCAUCAAUGGCAUCGGACCUGAUAACUGCAGACUCAUUUCCAACCCCAACCAGAAAGACUCGGACGGUAACGGUGUUGGUGACGUGUGUGAGAAUGACUUUGACAAUGACGCUGUACUGGAUGUGGUUGACGUGUGUCCAGAAAGUGCUGAAGUCACUCUCACGGAUUUCAGAGCCUAUCAGACGGUCAUUCUAGACCCUGAGGGUGACGCUCAGAUCGACCCAAACUGGGUGGUGCUUAAUCAGGGAAUGGAGAUUGUUCAAACCAUGAACAGCGACCCGGGCUUAGCAGUGGGUUACACAGCGUUUAAUGGUGUGGACUUCGAGGGAACUUUUCACGUUAACACGGUGACUGAUGACGACUACGCCGGCUUCAUCUUCGGCUAUCAGGAUUCGUCUAGUUUCUAUGUGGUGAUGUGGAAGCAGACCGAACAGACCUACUGGCAGUCGGUCCCAUUCAGGGCCAUGGCUGAACCGGGCCUGCAGCUCAAGGCAGUGAAGUCUCGUACAGGCCCCGGUGAAUUUCUUCGUAACGCUCUGUGGCACACGGGGGAAACGGAUGGAGAGGUGAAACUGCUGUGGAAAGACCCACGUAAUGUCGGCUGGCAAGAUAAAACCUCGUACCGGUGGCAGCUCAGUCACCGGCCACAGGUCGGCUAUAUCAGGGUGAAGCUGUAUGAAGGCACAGAGAUGGUGGCUGACUCCAAUGUUGUGAUUGACACCUCCAUGAGAGGAGGCCGCUUGGGCGUGUUCUGCUUCUCUCAAGAGAACAUCAUUUGGUCCAAUCUGCGCUACCGCUGUAAUGAUACUGUUCCAGAGGACUUCAGUAUACACCGUAAACAGGUUCUAAUGCACAUAAAGGUGUGAGAGGAGCGAGACGCCUUCCGUCUCGUUCUCUCGACCCCCUGAAACCCAGUGUGGGGUCACUGAACUCCUGUGUACGAGGGACCAAACAACCAGGACAGAUGAGAGAUAAACCCAGCGUCGGUGUUACUCCGGUUAAGGAGACUGAAUGAAAGGAGAAAAAAGACUUUUAUUUUACCCUUUGCGUGUUUUUGUGUCGUUGCGGAGCCGUAUAAUGUGAGUAUGAGAGUGUAUGUUUGAAAGAGUUCAUUAGAGUGUGUAUGCACUAACAUUAUGUCUUAAAAUAAAGGGAUAUGGUGUAUUUUCUAGAACACAAUAAAUACCCGACAGUACUUUUGUUCUAUAAUAUAAUGACAACAGUCAAUUUUAAAAAUGGCAAAAGUGACAUUUUAAUGUGUCAAUCCCAAUUCUCCAGUUCUGUAUUUCAUUAAUAAUGAAUAAGAGAUGAGCUCUCUUUCAACACUCAAGCAUAUGUAUGGAAAUAUAUUAAUUUAACAUUAAUUAAAAUAAAACCAUCUCAGCCAUUA